AGAAAAUGUGGAGGAGGGUGAUGGUGUUUUCAUCGACGGCAAAGAGAAAUGUUCAUCGGAAUCUUCUUGAUAACGGUAAUAUUUGCUGCAUUCGAGCUUUUUCUGGUGCUUUGUCUGGUUACAGAGUGAUACCCAGAAUUGGGAUUCGUGAUUUGAAGUUAGAUGAUGCGAUUGUUAGAACUGCUUCUCUCUCAAUAUCUCUUUGCGGUCUCCGUUGCUGGGUAAGAGCUUUUUCUGGUGAUAGUUGUGAUUACAGAGAGAAGAUUAGAAAUGGGUUUCUACAGGAUAUUAAGUUAGAUGAUGCAAUUGGUCUGUUCGGUGAGAUGGUAAAGUCUCGUCCUUUUCCUUCCAUUGUUGAGUUCAGUAAAUUGUUGAGUGCUAUUGCGAAGAUGAAGAAGUACGAUGUUGUCAUCUCUAUGGGAGAGGAGAUGCACAAGUUGGGGAUUCGACAUGAUCUCUUUACUUACAGUAUUUUCAUAAACUGUUUCUGCCGCUCCUCUCUUCUCUCUUCUGCUUUAGCUAUUCUUGGGAAGAUGAUGAAACUCGGGUAUGAGCCCGAUAUAGUCACGCUUAACUCGCUGCUCAAUGGAUACUGUCAGGGGAAUAGGAUUGCAGAUGCAGUCUCUCUGCUUGAUCAAAUGGUGGAAUUGGGAUUCAAACCUGACACCGUCACACUCAACACUCUUAUCCAUGGACUUUUUCUCCACAACAAAGUCUCAGAAGCGGUAGCUUUAGUUGACCAAAUGGCUGCGAAAGGAUGUCAACCAAGUCUGGUUACUUAUGGUGUGGUGAUAAAUGGGAUUUGUAAGAGAGGUUAUAUGGAUUUGGCUUUAAAUCUGCUCAAUAAGAUGGAGGAGAAAGGUAAAAUUGAGCCAGAUGUUGUGAUCUACAACAUAAUCAUCGAUGGUCUUUGCAAAUACAGAGAUGUCAGUGAGGCACUCGACCUAUUCAACGAAAUGGAGAACAAAGGAAUUAAGCCAAAUGUUAUUACCUACAGCUCCCUCAUAAGUUGCCUUUGUAAUUACGGAAUAUGGAGUGAUGCCUCUCGACUGCUAAGUGAUAUGAUUGAGAGGAACAUCAGCCCUGAUGUAGUGACAUUCAAUGCAUUGAUAGAUGCGCUUGUGAAAGAGGGAAAGCUUUUAGAGGCUACAAAAUUGUAUGAGGAGAUGAUUAAUAGGUCUAUAGAUCCUGAUAAUAUUACUUACAGCUCUCUUAUCAACGGACUUUGCAUGCAAGAUCGUCUAGAGGAGGCCAAUGAGAUGUUUGGUUUAAUGAUUAGCAAGGGUUGUCUCCCGAAUGUGGUGACUUGUAAUACUCUCAUAAAUGGAUUUUGUAAGUGUAAGAGAGUAGAAGAUGGUAUGGAACUCUUCAGGGAGAUGUCUCUAAGAGGAAUUGUUGGUGACACAAUCACUUACAACACUCUUAUCCAAGGGUACUUCCAAGCUCGAGAUUGUGAUAAUGCCCAAGAAGUAUUCAAACAGAUGGUUUCUAUUGGUGUACCUCGUGAUAUUAUAACAUACCGAAUUUUGUUGGAUGGACUUUGUGAUAACGGGAAGCUAGAGAAAGCAUUGGUUGUAUUCGAGGAUAUGCAAAAAAGUGGAAUGGAUCUUGAUAUUGCUACGUAUAAUAUUAUCAUACACGGGAUGUGCAAGGCUGGUGAGAUUGAAGAUGCGCAGGGUUUGUUUUGUAGCCUCAGGCUCAAAGGAGUGCAGCCUAAUGUUGUAACCUAUACUACAAUGAUUUCGGGAUUUUGUAGGAAAGGCUUAAAGCAGGAAGCAUAUGCCUUAUUCAGUAAAAUGAAAGAAGACGGGCCUAUCCCAAAUAGCGGUCCAUAUAAUACGCUGAUAAGGGCAUGUCUUAGAGAUGGUGACAAAAUAACAUCAGUCGAACUCAUCAAGGAAAUGAGGAGCUGCAAGUUCUGUGGGGAUGCUUCAACAAUAAGUUUGGUCACUAAUAUGUUGCAUGAUGGGAGAUUAGACAAAAGUUUUCUGAACAUGCUUUCUUAAACUUUUUAUCCUGGAGAGAAUUGUUGAGCAACCACGUUCCCUUGAAAGCAGCAUCUCUGAGGUUGCAAACAAGAGUUGAUCCAAACACCCUACAUCAAAAUUUCAGACUUUGAAAGACGUCUCUGUCUCAACAUCCUUCUGCUUCUUAAAUGCUCUCGUCAUUA